AUGGCUUCGCAGUUCCGGGAAAUGUCUACUAAAGGCCUCUGUUCGUGUUUCUGUUUGUUAGUGAUUGCACACCUUGUCACCUGUUCUGUAUCCCCUAUUUGCGAGAAUGGAUACGACUGCACAUGUCCAAGAGGUUACACCUUUUUGGCCAAUCGUUGUGAAGAUGUGGACGAAUGCAGUUUUCAAAAUGGCCGUUGUCAGCAGUCUUGUGUGAACUCGGUCGGGAGUUACAGAUGCGAGUGUCAGAUUGGAUACAGACUGUCCAGUGAUAAUCACCGAUGUGAUGAUUUUGACGAAUGUUCUGUAAACAAUGGCGACUGUGACAGGACGCAGAUCUGCGUGAACACAUGGGGCGGGAGUUACUGCGCAGGACCUUACCUAGACAAGGCCAGCAACCCAGAUGCUCAGCGGGCCUCCUAUCUUCUCAAUACGGACGUUAUGAUUGGUCUGACGAUAUGGCUCGUACUCUUGACAGUCUUGUGUAUUGCCACCAUUUCCGUAAUCGUCACCCGAUCCUCCAACAGUGAUCAGCUAUCUGUUACUUCCAAAGACAAAAACGCUCCCAAAAAUCCAGAAUAUUUCUUCCCGGACUUUUGGCCCAAAGUUAGCGUGACGGACAGCAUCAGCAAGAGAAGUGAAAUGGGAGAGUUGCAUGACGUCCAUUAUUAG